UCGACACAAUCGAUUAUAGAACUCUUACAUGUUUUGUGUUAGAAAAUAAAUUUUGUGUGUGUUUUUUUUUCUAUUUUGAAAUAAAACUAACAAAUUCAAGUCUUAUCGUAAAUUGUUGAGCAAAAUUUUUUACAACCAAAUAAUGGCGCAUCAAAAUCCAAAGUUUCAAUCUAAAUUAAGUGCAAACAAACCAACACCUCAGCCAAAUAUAGAGAAAAAACAAAAAUUUUUCACCUACUGCAGUUCGAAAAGGGAAAGUACGGCUGAUAUGGGGCCUUCGCUUAAGAACAGUUAUGAACAGUUUAAAAAAUACAAUAGUCCUAAUGAGGAUUUCGAAGAAUUUGAUGCUGAGACACAACUACCGCCGCCGCCUUUGUCUAGGGAUAAUUUUGGUAAAACUAAAAGAAAAUUGAAAAGACAGGAUAUAAGUUCAAAACUGAAAGAUGAAUUACAAAAGUAUCGGAAUGAACUUAAAGAAUAUACAAAUAGUACAAAAGAUUUGCAAGAAAAGUAUUUGAAAAUAAAUUCAGAAUUAAAUGAAAUGAAACUGAAACAUAUUAGACUUAUUAAUAAGCGAAAUUUACCUUGUGGAGAUUUUGAGACCUAUUCAGAUAGUAGCAGUUCUACGGGUACCGUAUAUUCUCUACGCAGGAAAUGUACACAAAUAUUUAAUCGUAGCAAAAGUUUUCUAGUAUUAAAUGAAAAACCACUUCAAGAAAUUCUAUUUAAUUCCCAUAAUAAGGAUGCGAAAAAUAUUGAAACUGUCGAGGAGAAAUUUCAACAGAUAUUGGCUAAUAAAGAGAAUCUAAAAUCGCUUCAUACUAACAACAAUAACGAUAAAGAUUUGCAAAAUGUUUAUAUGGCUCUCAAAACCGUUAUGGAUGAUCAAUCAAAAGCACAGCAAAGCUCUUCGGAAAUCUUUUCGCUUAAAAAUACCAUAACAAAGCUACAAGAUGAUAGUGAUCGUUUCUGUUCUAUUAUAGAAGAACAAAAAAAUACCCUAAGCGAUUAUCGCACACGUUUCGCUCAAGCCCAACAGUUAGUUCAACAGCAGCAGCUUGAAAUUGAGAAAUUAAAUUCCAAUAAUCAACAAUUAGAAACUGACGCCUCUAUUAUCAUAGAUCAGUUAAGAAAUCGAAUUGAAACCAAACUAAGAGAUUUAGAAUUUCUAACAGAUGUAAUGCGUGAGGAACGACUUAAAAAAGAACGUGCUCUCAAAGAAAAUUCUAAACUAAAUGAACGCUUAGAACUUAUGCAGGUCGAAGCAAAUCAAUUAAAACUUAAAUUAGAAGAAAUGAGUCGACGUAAACUUUCCACGCUAACACGUUUAAAAGUAACCGAAAGAGAUUUAAAAAUAUUCAAAGAUUAUAAUACGGCCUUAAAGCAAGAAAAACGUAAACUUAACGAAAAGAUGAAAAUCAUGAGCGAACAAUUGGAAACAUUACAGAAUGCCAAUAAGCGUACAAUGAAUCGUCAACGUGAGCAAAAUGAGAAACAGCGAAGAGAAUUACAAAAGAGAAUUUACGAUCUUGAAAUGAAACUUAAUCGUAGUCAAAAUUCUACCUCAAGUUUGAUACAAGAACGUGAUAGUCUUAUAGCAGAGCUACAGAGUCAACUCAAUAGUUUAGUGCAUAAUUUUGAGGUUUCUCAAAAGCAUAUACGGGUAUUGAGAAGGCAUAUUUAUACAAUGUGUGGCAGCAAUUGUCGUCAGUCGAUCAUACGUAAUCGUGUUAUGGGAGAAUCAUAGUUUUAUUUUCUAUUUUUUUUUUUUUUUUUAAUUAAAAAUUUCUUGUAUAAAAUGGAAGUAAACCUUUUUUUCUAAAGGUUUAAUUGCAUUUUAUUAAAAAAAUUUUUUUUACAAAAAAUCAUAAUAGAAAAUAAAAUUUGUUUUUGUUAAGAUGUUUAAAUUAUUGUUGUAAUAAAUCGUCAUACAAAGAAAAGAGAGUUAAUUUGACAAAACAAAAAAGUCGAAACAUAGUAAUCA